AUGAUGGUACCUUUGCUGCUAUCGACGUACUUCAUCACUGCUGUGUAUGGUGCUACGCACACUUUCCACUGGACUACGGGUUGGGGCAACCGUAAUGUUGACGGUAUCAAAGAGAGACCUGUGAUCACGUGUAAUGGAGAGUACCCAUGGCCUGAUGUCCGUGUUGCCAAAGGUGACAGAAUCGAGGUCUACUUGACCAACGGCUUCAACAACACCAACACAUCCUUGCAUUUCCACGGUAUGUUCCAACGUGGUACCAACCAGAUGGACGGUGUUCCUUACUUGACACAAUGUCCAAUUGGCCCAGGUGACACUAUGCUUUACAACUUUACCGUCGAUGAGAAUGUCGGUACUUACUGGUACCACUCCCACACUGACGGUCAGUACGAAGAUGGUAUGCGUGGUCUGUUUGUUAUCGAGGAUGGUGAAAACAAUAAGAACUUCCCUUACGAAUAUGAUGAGGAUGUAAUGUUGUCCAUCGGUGAAUGGUAUGAUACCACUGUGGACGUCCUAACCAGGAAAUUCUUGAACUUAAAUAACCCAACUGGUGCUGAACCAAUCCCACAGAAUUUGAUCUUGAACAACACCAUGAAUUUGACUUGGGAAGUCCAACCUGACACCACCUACUUGCUAAGAAUCGUCAAUGUCGGUGGGUUUGUGUCCCAAUACUUCUGGAUCGAAGAUCAUGAAAUGGAAGUCGUUGAAGUCGACGGUGUCUACGUUGAGAAGAACACUACCAACAUGCUGUACAUUACCGUGGCUCAACGUUAUGCCGUGUUGGUCCACACCAAGAAUGAUACUUCCAAGAACUUUGCCAUCAUGCAAAAAUUCGAUGACACCAUGUUAGAUGUUAUACCAAAGGACCUGCAGCUGAACGCUACUUCCUACUUAGUCUAUGACAAAUCCAAGCCAAUGCCUGAACAAAAUUAUGUGGACAGUAUCGAUGACUAUCUCGACGAUUUCUACUUGGUACCAAUGGACAAAGAAGAACUAUACCCCGAAGCUGAUCAUGUCAUCACCAUCGAUGUCAUCAUGGACAACUUAAUCAAUGGUGUCAACUACGCAUUCUUCAACAACAUUACUUACACUACUCCAAAAGUGCCAACUUUGCUUACUGUAUUGUCUGCCGGUCAGGACGCCCUAAAUCCAUUUAUCUACGGUACGAAUACCAACACAUUCGUCUUGAAGAAAGGUGAGGUCGUUGAUUUGAUUGUUAACAACCAAGAUACAGGUAAGCAUCCUUUCCACUUGCACGGCCACGUUUUCCAGACCAUCUUGAGAGACAGGGAGUUUGAUGAUGCUAAGGGUGAGAAACCCCACAGUUUCAACGACUCGGACCACGCUGCUUACCCAAGUAUCCCAAUGAAGAGAGAUACUGUCUACUUGAACCCACAAUCUAAUAUGGUUUUGAGAUUCAAAGCGGACAACCCUGGUGUUUGGUUCUUCCACUGUCACAUCGAAUGGCACUUGUUACAAGGUUUAGCUGUUGUUAUGGUUGAAGACCCAAUCUCGAUCCAAAAUACCGCUUCUCAACACCUAACGGCAAAUGGUUUGCAGGUGUGUGGUAAUGUAAAGGUCCCAACUCAAGGUAACGCUGCUGCUAACGAUAGUGAUUUCUUCAACUUAGAAGGCCAAAAUGUCCAACACAAAUCUAUCCCAACAGGUUUCACAAAGAAGGGUAUCAUUGCUAUGACAUUCUCAUGUUUGGCUGGUGUGUUGGGUAUCACUAUGAUCGCAAUUUAUGGUUUCUCUGAAAUCCCAGAACCAGAGAUCAAGGUCAUGAGAAAUCUACAUCUAAACCCAGAAGAUGUUUUAGAGAAGACCAGCUCUUCGUCAGUCAUAUCUGCCUCCAACAGCAGUUCACUCGAGGACUCAAGAAAUCAGAAAAAGAAAUUCAUCUUUUUCUGA